AUGGAUUCCUACGACUCACAGCCGAGUUCUCCAUCUCGGACCAGCCUCGAGGAAUUUCCUCACGCCAAUUUCCCUCUUUUGGCCGAUACGGGAGCCGGAAAUACCCAAAUGGGGCAAUCCGACCUCUCACACGUAGGGACCGAUCGAGGUUUUGACCAUGAAUGGCGUGGGGGUGGGCGGAAGGAUCGAAGACUCGACGAGGCAGCUGCAGGUCAUGCCCGCUUCGACCAAAAGUUGACUGUGAGAGAAGCCGUCCGAGAUUAUCCCAUGGCCAUCUUCUGGUGUUUGGCUGUCAGUAUGUGUGUCAUCAUGGAAGGCUAUGACACCAUUCUGAUCGGAAACUUCUAUGCUUUUCCUACUUUCCAGCGCAAAUAUGGCGAGUUUGUUGGAAUCAGCGAUCAAACCAAAUCGGGGUACCAACUCAGCCCGGCCUGGAUGGCCGCCAUUGGCAACGCAUCCUCAACUGGAGCAUUCCUUGGCACUCUUCUCAAUGGCUAUCUCGUCGCCAUCUUCGGGCAGAAGCGAGUAGUCAUUGGAGCCUUGAUUGUCUUAUCCUGUCUGAUCUUCAUGACUUUCUUCGCCCCCAACAUUCAAGUCCUGUUCAUCGGACAGGUCCUCUGCGGUUUCCCCUGGGGAAUCUUCGCCACAACCGCGCCUGCGUACGCGUCUGAAGUCCUGCCAAUGGCUCUCCGGGUAUAUUUUACCAGUUGGACCAACAUGUGCUUCAUUAUUGGCCAGCUGGUGGCCGCCGGUGUGCUCAGAGCCUGCCUCAGUCGCGAUGAUGAAUGGGGUUUCCGCAUUCCUUUCAGUAUUCAGUGGGUCUGGCCUUCCUUCUUAAUUCCGUUGUUGUGCUUCGCACCAGAAUCUCCAUGGCAUCUCGUUCGAAUUCAACGCCUCGAAGAAGCCGAAAAAUCUCUCCGUCGCCUUCAACGCGCCUCGGCCAAAAUAGACGUAAAAAUGGCCCUCGCAAGCAUUGUCCACACCAACAAUCUCGAGGAGGAGCUCUCUGUCGGCACUUCCUAUAUCGACUGCUUCACAGGCUUCGAGUUGAGACGGACCGAAAUAGCAUGUAUCUGCUUCGCAGGCCAAGUGCUCUCCGGAUUGCCCUUUGCAUAUAACGCAUCGUAUUUCUUCGAACAAGUCGGUCUCGCUGCCGAGACAACCUACACCCUCAACAUCAUGGGUACAGGUCUCGCAUUCAUCGGCACUUUGGUCAACUGGUUCUAUCUCAUGCCCUACAUGGGCCGACGUACGAUGUACGUGGUAGCAAUGCUCAUCAUGGCCCUUGAACUGUACCUAAUUGGAAUUCUUAAUGUGUGGACGCACCACAGCUUUGUCGCCGUGAUCCAAGCCUUACUGACUCUCGUCUGGACAUUCACAUUCCAGAUGUCAGUGGGCCAGCUAGGAUGGUCUCUACCGGCGGAAAUAGGCUCGACUCGCUUAAGGCAAAAGACCAUCUGUCUCGCGCGCAACGCAUAUUACCUCGCCAGCUUGACCGCGGGCGUGCUGCAGCCGUACUUCCUGAACCCAGAAGCCUGGAACUUACGCGGCUACAUUGGCUUUUUCUGGGGCACGACCGCGUUCUUAACUUUCACCUGGGCCUAUUUCCGUCUUCCCGAGACCCGUGGUCGGACCUAUGAUCAGUUGGACCUUCUGUUCGCGAAAGGCGUGCCUGCCCGCCGCUUCGCGACUACACACAUGAAUGCCUUCGACGCGAAAGAGACCGGCGCACUGGCGGAGAUGUACUCUCUCGAGGCGUUUGACGAACAACGGUCCAGUGUCAGCAGGGCCACGGAUGGCGAUCCUGAGUCAUCGAAUCGGCGGAACAGUGCUGGUGUUGAAGAGGGCUCUGGUGUGAACUCGGGGCCUCGUAGAAUGGCCGAGUUGGAGCAGUUUAUGAGCGAACAGAAUUGA